GAGCUACAAUGGGGAAUAAGUUGGUGACGUUCACGGACCAACAACUAGAAAAUUACCAGGACUGCACGUUUUUCACCAGAAAAGAGAUUUUAAGGGUUUUCAAGAGAUUUCGGGAAGUUCGUCCCGACGUCGUUCCCAAACAAAUGAAGAAAAACGAAGCCAUUAGCGUAAGAAUUCCUUUGGAGGACAGCGUGGAAAAAAUUCCCGAAAUACAUGAAAAUCCUUUCAAAAGGCGAAUAUGCGAAGUAUUCUCCAGAGAUGGCAAAGGCAAUUUAUCCUUUGAGGAUUUUUUGGAUCUGCUUUCGGUUUUCAGCGAACAAGCUCCCAGAGACAUAAAAGUUUUUUACGCCUUUAGAAUCUACGACUUUGAUAGCGACCAACACAUCGGAUUGGAAGACAUCGAUAAAGCCCUGGUUCUGCUCACGAGAAACACCGAGGACUUGACGCCCGAGGACCGACAUCAAAUCGCCGAGAAGGUGAUAGAAGAGGCGGACGUCGACGGCGACGGGAAGCUCUCCUACAUGGAAUUCGAGCACGUGAUUUCCAGGGCUCCGGAUUUCUUUUCGACCUUCCACAUUAGGAUUUAAGAAGAAGUGUUCAAUACGUUUUUCCUCUCAAAAUUUCGAAUAGUAUUACGAAGAUAUUUUUUUAGAAAAAUUUUAUUAAAUUGUAUUCGAUUUGUACACGUUGUGAGAACUUUUGAAUAUAUACAGUGCAUUUCUUUAAUGUCCCCCCCCCCUUUUAUUUUUUGAACGGAUCAACUUAGAAAAUUGAAAUUUGGGAUAAUGAAACUAAUGCAUGAUUACUAUAUUUUGGAGUAAAAUUGACAGAUGAAAAUUUCAAGAUGGCGACUGGGCGCCAUCUUGGGAAAUAAAUUUAAAUGGAAAGGGGGGUCUUGUGAUACAUCAUUUUGAAGCUCCUGACAAAUACUCUACAACCCUGGAAUAUAAAGUC